AUGUCAGACGUAGCUUCAAUACUAGUGGACGAAGGACCCAAUUCCACAGAUUCACAACCCAUUAAACAAGAACCAGAAUCAAACACAACACAAGAACACCCCUCUACCAACUCACAUCCAGAACAAGAAUCCAAAGAACCAGAAAUAGAAGAAACAGUAGAAACAUCCACAGCAUCCACCACAGCAGCCUCCAAAGACUAUCCCAAAAUAUAUGAGAAAUAUCAAGAACGAUUCCGGAAAGCAUAUGCCAAAUCACAAGAAUUGUUCGAAAUGGAAAGAAAUCAACGAUUGACGAUGUCUUAUUAUCAUCGUCGAAAUCAAGCAUUAUUAGGGCUAAUUGCAGAACUUGAAGCUGGGGAGAAUGAUGAGAUAACAUUCCCACCGAUUGAAUCUGACCGAAUUAAGAAGAUUAUGGAAGUUGCUCCGAGAUUAAAAUCAACACUAGAGCCAUUGAUUGAAUUACAGGAGAAGAAUAAUAACCAAGAUGAUAAGUCCAAGGAGGUGAGGAAAAGUCAUUAUUUGAAUUUAUAUCAUAUUGAAAAGAUUCCUGAUAUGAUUAAUGAUGAUAUUAUCCAUGCAGAAAUAAAUCCUCAAGAACUGGAACCUUGGUGUAGAAGACAUUAUCCUAAUUUAGUAUCAUCAAAAUAUAAACCUUUAACUAUUCAAACAUUAAGUAUGAAUUCAGAAUAUACUGGAACUGAUUUCCCAUUACUGAUUGAUGGAAAUAGUAAAUUAUCAAUAUCUUCAUCUGGAUCUACAAAAUCAAAAAAACGAAAGAUUGAACGGAAAUCAUAG